CCCUCAAUUAUAAAACCCCCAUCUUUCUGCUUCCUCCAAAAAUCGGAUCUUUAACUCAAAUUCGGAUCCAUUUCAAGAUCCGAAAAUGGGUUCUCUCUCUUCUUACUCAGACCUCUCAAUUCAGCAAACCCAAUUCAAUGUAGAUCCCAAUAAUCUCACCAAUCUCUUCAAAUCCCAGCAAAAGUAUUUGAAUUAUUUUUUUCAAAAUCUUGAUCUUUCUCAAACCCUAGUUUUUACACAAACCCUUUUGAAUUCCAAUGGCACUAUAUUCUUUUCUGGCAUUGGCAAGUCGGGUUUUGUGGCCCAGAAGAUUUCUCAGACGCUUGUUUCUCUCGGCAUUCGAGCCGGGUUUUUGUCCCCUGUUGAUGCUCUUCAUGGGGACAUUGGAAUCUUGAAUGGGAAUGAUAUUUUGGUUAUGUUUAGUAAGAGUGGGAAUACGGAGGAGUUGUUGAAAUUGGUGCCUUGUGUUAAGGCUAAAGGGGUUUAUUUGAUUUCUGUUACUUCUCUUCAGACUAAUGCAUUGAUGAAUGUUUCUGAUCUUAAUGUGUUUUUGCCUCUGGAGAGGGAGUUGUGCCCUUUUGAUCUGGCUCCGGUUACGUCCACAGCCAUUCAGAUGGUGUUUGGGGAUACCGUGGCCAUUGCAAUGAUGAGUGCUAGAAAUUUGAGUAAGAAUGAGUAUGCUUCGAAUCAUCCGGCUGGGAGGAUUGGGAAAAGUUUGAUAUUUAAGGUGAAAGAUGUUAUGAAAAAGCAUGGUGAACUUCCGAUCUGCAAGGAAGGUGACUUAAUAAUGGAUCAGCUAGUAGAGCUAACUAGCAAAGGAUGUGGGUGCCUUCUUAUCAUCUCUGAUAAAAACCAGCUGAUCGGCACAUUCACUGAUGGUGAUUUGAGGCGGACUCUAAAAGCCAGUGGGGAGGGAAUUUUUAAAAUGACAGUGGGUGAGAUGUGCAAUAGGCACCCUAGGACGAUUGGGCCUGAUUUUAUGGCAGUUGAGGCAAUGCAGAAGAUGGAGGCUCCGCCUUCUCCAGUUCAAUUCUUGCCAGUCAUUAAUCAGAAUAACAUCCUUAUUGGUAUAGUUACACUACAUGGUUUGGUCUCAGCUGGCUUGUAAAUGUUGUAUGCUGUCUUCUGUGUACCAUUUUAUUGUUGAUCAGGGUUGUAAGUUUACCAUAUUGUAAUGUUGUGUAUCUAUUCUUUUAUAUAAACUGUAAAGUAGUUGAGGGUUCAGGUUUAUGCUUGAAAACUUGUCCUUGCAGUGACACUAUGUUCAGAACUGCAGAUGUAUUGCAUUUUUUGAUCAAUAAAAGUCUGAAGACUACUUUUCGAUCAUAA